AUGUUCAAUAAAGAAACAAUUGAAUCGCUACCAUCUGAGGCCAAAAAGGAGUUAUCAUCGCUGGCAGAGAGAUACAAAAAAGGAGAGAUUAAUGCAUCUGAGUACAAAAAAUGCUGCACUGAUGUGAUAAUGGAGCACAGCGAGGGCAAGGACGAGGAGGAGCAGCCGCAGGAGAUUAGACGAGGAAGGCCCUCUGCAAAGGACGAUCAGAAGCCCGAGUAUAUGAGCGAUAUAAUCCACUAUGCAGGGGUUAAUCUGAAGGAAGAGGCUCUCCACAUUGCAAACGAGGCUGAAGACAGCCUUCCUUUUGAUGACAUGAAGGGGAAGGUCUACGAUUACAAAAAUGCAAUGGAGUCUCUGUUUGAUGUAAGAAUAUAUAGCUACUUUUUAGAAAAAAUAAGCAAGCUUCGAGAAAUUGGGGUGAGCGAUGAUGCCUCCAAUCUUCUUUUCCAGGCUGCUAAGAGAAAAAUCCUGGAUCUUCUUGAAAAAAUGAUACAGCAAAGCAAGGUGCGCAUGGACAUUUCGAGGAAUGACUAUUUAAUUCGAAUCGAAAACGACAGGCGCCGGCAGAUGUGGUUUUUAGAGCAGGAAGAAAAGCUUGAAAUGGAUAAAUACAGGCAGAAAAAAGAGGGCGACGAGGCAGACGGAAAGAAGAAGUGGAGAAAGGCUCUCCAGGAUCGAGAAGAUCUUAUCAUUAAAAAGCGCCUGAGCAAUAAUGUGGCCUUGGCUGCGCUUGGGAGCCAGCCAAAGAGCUGGAUGUCAGCCAGCACACAGAACACAGAUGAUGGGUCUACUCCGUAUCUAAAUCUCUUCCAGGGCUCUGAUGAAAGGUCUCAGAAGACCAACAAUGCUAGAAUAAUUAUCAAGGAUGACUUCUUGAAUGUUUUGUCACGGGAUAAGCGGUAUAACAAAUCAAUCUUCACUAUAAAACAUACUUAUCUGUAA